AUGGUUAACCUACAACUCUUGCAACCUCUUAAGAACAGUUUUGGAACAAUCAAAAUUGAAGCGAUUUAUUUAGAUAUUCCUGAAGGCCAUGAUCACAUGAUAUGUUUGCCUUCCGAGGCAUUUAUGAAGAUGAGAAAUCUUCAAUUGUUUAUAAACAAGAAUGCACAAUUUUCUGCAGCACCGAACUAUCUCUCUAAUGAGCUAAGAGUGCUUGUUUGGCCUCAAUAUCCUUCGUCAUCUUUGCCUUCAGAUUUUCAUGGAAAUAAUCUCGUUGAAUUUAAAAUGCGAGAUAGCCACAUCAAGGAGUUAGGCGGCCUAAAAUUGAAGAACUUGACUGUUAUGGAUUUAAUCCGUUGUAAAUGCUUAACAAAAAUUCCUGAUGUUUCAAGUAUCCCAAAUUUAGAGAAGUUGGGUAUUGUAGCUUGUGAUAACUUAGUUGAGCUUCAUCAUUCCGUUGGAUUCCUUGAUAAGCUUGAGAGUCUUUCUGUUAUCGGAUGCUCCAAGUUUAGGAUUUUGCCGAAAAGAUUCAAGUUAAGAUCUCUACAUGUUCUUUUGCUUACCUAUUGCUCGAGUCUUGAAGACUUUCCAGAGAUUGAAUGUGAAAUGAAAUUUUUAUAUGAGUUAGAUCUUCGUGGCACUAGCAUAAGAGAACUACCUUCAUCAAUUGAGAACUUCAAAGAACUUCAAACCUUAUAUCUAGAAGUCACUAGUAUAAUAGAGCUACCUUCAUCAAUUGGUAACCUUGCUUGGCUUAACGAAUUAUAUGUAGAAGGCUUCAUUGAUCAGUUGGGAAGUGUACGUAUUGUCAAAGUUGAUGGUUAUUCACAACCAAUAAACAUUGGAAUGGUGGAGGAGGAUGGUAUACAAUCCACGUCAUUUGCGGAGUCUACAAGCAAAUAUGAAAUUGCAUCAACUACUCCGACAAAUUCAAGCAUUUGGGAAUCGCUACAAGAUUUAACGCUUAAAUUCUGUCGCCUAUCAGAAUCAAAUUUCUUCACGUAUGCUAAUUACUUUCCCGCUUUGACGAGGUUAGAUCUAAGUGGGAGUGAUAUUGUUAACUUUCCAGCUCAAGGCGUCAGAUUUCCUUGGUUGAGAUACCUUAAUUUGAACGAGUGCAAGAAACUUGAAGAAAUUUUUCCUCUUCCAUCGAGUAUAAUAAGUGUUGAAGCUCAUGAAUGCACGUCAUUGGAAAGUUUUGCACUACUAUCUGAAAUACUAAAUAAAAACAAUGGAACGAAUUUUCAUGAACUCCGAAUGAUUGACUUGUAUGGAUGCCAUAAACUGCUUGCGAUUCCUUCAUGGGAAGAGGGACUUCAAAAUUUGGCAUACCGGUCAAACUUUAACAUUACAUUUCCAGAAAAGAGGACUCCAUGCUGGUUCAGCUAUCGCAAGGAGGCCCAUGAUAAUAAUCUGUGUGAAAUAGAUAUUAAUCGACCGCAUCAUUGGAAUGGCAUAGAUGAAAUUCUUGUGAUCUAUGUUGUUUUUGGAUUUGGAUUUGGAUCAGUUGGGAUCAUUCAGCCAACGAAGAUCGAGAAGGUUUCUAUUCGUGUUAAAUUCCUUGAUGGCUCGGAUUGGAGGCUCUUAGAUUAUCUUGAUACGGAAUUUUAUUGGACGGACAGCUCAAACCAUGUAUGGAUGCACGGGAUGAUUUACAGUAAACAAGUGGACGUUUCAAGGUUUAGAUUUGAAUGUCGGUCAGAGCACGUGGUCUUUAAAAGAGUUGGGAUCCAUUUCGUAAAGAAUCAUGAAGAGAACGUAAGAGAUGAUAUAGGUGAUCACAUAGAACCUAGUUACCCUUUUUCUUAUUCCAUUAAUGAUGAAGAAGGUGACAGAUGUCUAGAUUUAAUGGAUGAAAAGAGGCCGCAUUCUUCAACCAUGGGCAUCAUAAUAACGGAAUUAGAGAAUGAAGAUGAGUAUCCAAAGGAAGAUAUGGAUUUAGAGCUUAAACUUGGUUACCCUUUUUCUUACCCUUUUUUGGAAUUGGAGAAUGACGAUGAGAAUUCAAGUGAAGAUUUGGAAUUAGAGAAAGAUGAUGAGAAUCUGAAGGAAAUAUUUGGUAAGAGGCAUCGUGAUGAUGAAUAUGAUUGCAACAUGGAACCCAAUAGGUGCCCUCAACAAAAGAGGCCGCAUAUAUAUUCUUCAACCAUGGGCACAAUAACGGAAGUAGAGAAUGACUUGAACUUGGAUUUAGAGCUUAAACUUGGAUUGGUCUGA